GUGCCGACUCUUAUUCCCUCCUCAGGUAGGAGGCGAGCAUGUCCUUUCGAGGCGGAGGAGGCCGCGGAGGAGGCCGCGGGGGGGGCGGUUUCGGCCGCGGCGGCUUUGGCCGGGGCGGCGGUGGCGGCGGCGGCGGCAACAACAACUAUAGAGGAGGAGGAGGGCGAGGCGGGGACCGCGGCGGCGGCCGAGGAGGACGAGGCGGGGACCGCGGCGGCUUCGGCCGGGGAGGCUUCGGUCGAGGAGGGGGCGGCCGAGGAGGCUUUCAGAAGGGAGGCUACAACGAGGGACCCCCAGAGAACGUGGUCGUGUUAGGAGAAUUCUUGCAUCCUUGUGAAGAUGACAUUGUUUGCAAAUGCAUAACACAUGAAAAUAAAGUGCCUUAUUUCAAUGCUCCAGUUUAUUUAGAAAACAAAGAACAGAUUGGUAAAGUGGAUGAGAUAUUUGGGCAACUUAGAGAUUUUUAUUUUUCAGUUAAACUGUCAGAAAACAUGAAGGCCUCCUCUUUUAAAAAAUUACAAAAGUUUUAUAUUGACCCAUAUAAACUGCUGCCCCUGCAAAGGUUCUUGCCUCGGCCACCAGGUGAAAAAGCACCUCCAAGAGGUGGUGGUAGAGGAGGAAGAGGAGGCAGUGGCAGAGGAGGAGGAGGAAGAGGAGGUAGAGGUGGAGGAGGCAGAGGUGGUGGUUUUAGAGGUGGAAGAGGUGGUGGAGGCUUCCGAGGAGGACGAGGGGGUGGAGGCUUCAGAGGUGAGAGUUAA